AUGGGGUUGGAGAUUCAAAUCGGGUUCAGAGUCGCUCUGGAAGAAAGUACUCCGUUAAGGAAUUUUUUCAAUAGUAAGGUCGGAAAUGGGGAGAAAACCACCUUUUGGUUGGACCCAUGGCUUAGUAAUGAGCCGUUAAAAGAUAAAUUCCCUGAAAUUUUCAAGUUGGAAACUGAUAAAAAAUGCAAGAUUGCUGAUCGGUUAAUUGUUGAUGGAAGUGGGAGUAAUUAUGUGUGGGCUUGGAGGAGACCGAUUCAAUGCGGACGUGAAGUUGAUGAAUUAGUGGGUCUGUGCAGUCUUUUGUACAACUUUGUGCCUUCAUCCACUCAAGAUUCUUGGAUUUGGUCUGAUGGCAGUGGUGGGAAUUUCAGCACGGGGGCGGUUAAACGAUUGCUGGAUUGUAACCGGAUUAGUGACAUGAUUGUUGACGAUUAUAGCUGCAAAUGGCUACCUGCCAAAUGCAACAUUUUUAUGUGGCGGGCCAGCCUAAAUAGUAUUGCCACAGCAGAAGCGUUAAAGAUACAGAACAUUUCGCUCGACGAUGAGAAUUGUAAGUUAUGCAGCGAAGGCCUUGAAACUGUGGAACACAUCUUCACGAACUGUUUUGUGGCAAACCUGGUUUGGAAUCACCUCAGUCGCUGGUGUAAGAUAGCUCCAUUGUUUUUUUUCGAGUUCAAGGACCUGCUGUAUGUCCACGAACACGUCGGCUUUUCUGGUCUCAAAAAGGAUAUUCUAAGGGGUCUUAUCAGAAUCGGCUGUUGGUGCAUUUGGAAGGCUAGAAACGAAGCUACUUUUAAUAACAAGGAGAUUAAGAUUGAAGACAUUAUCAGUAAUGUUAAAGCUUUAGGUUUCUUGUGGAGUAACAGUAGGCUAAAAGGCUUUUCGAUUUCGUGGCAGGAUUGGUGUAAAUUUGUAAUUAUGUAA